AUGUCCUCAAGAGUCCAUCUAGCUCAGUGGAGGAUUCUUUUGGGGCUGUUUUGGCUGUGUGGAGAUAUCAGUGGUGAUGCUUCUCAGCUUUCUGAAGUCUACUUUUCCUCGGGAGAAACAGCUCGGAUCUCCUGCAAACAUGGACUCUCUUCAUACACUGUGGUCUUCUGGUACAAGCAAACCCAAGAUACGGCCCCUUCCUCAGUCAUCCACGGUUACUCUAAAAAGGAGAAGAAGGAACGGUUGGAGAUGGACACUGACAAAGGCAACCUGUCUACAGAGCUUUCCAUCAGCAAGGUGGAGAUGGGGGACGCCGGGAUCUACCAUUGUGCUGCAAGCGACACAGUGGAGGAAUCUGCGUUGGUGAGAGCAUCCGCCUUCUUCAGAAUGACCCCAAGAGUCCACCCAGCUCAGUGGAUUCUCUUUGGGCUAUUUCUGCUAUGCAGAGAUAUCAGUGGUGAUGCUUCUCAGCUUUCUGAAGUCUCAUUUUCUUUUGGAGAAACAGCUCGGAUCUUCUGUAAACAUGGAGUCUCUGCAUAUAAUGGGGUCUUCUGGUACAAGCAAACCCAAGAUGCAGCCCCUUCCUUAGUCAUCUACAGUUACUCUAAAAUGGAGAAGAAAGAACGGUUGGAGAUGGACACUGACAAAGGCAACCUGUCUACAGAGCUUUCCAUCAGCAAGGUGGAGAUGGGGGACGCCGGGAUCUACCAUUGUGCUGCAAGUGACACAGUGGUGGGAAAUGCAAGUUUUGGUAAAGCACCUUUUCACUGUGCAGGCACAGCUAGUUAUGGGAAACUGGUAUUUGGCCAGGGGACCAGCUUAACAAUCCAACCAGAUCUUAAGACAUCUGAGCCUUCCAUCUACAAACUACAGCCAUCCAAGGAAGGAGAUAGAGACAUUUCUGCCUGCCUUAUCACCGACUAUUUCCCUGCACCCAUCACAGUGGGGGCUGAUAUAAAUAAUUCAGAGAAGGUCAAUGGCUCAGUCGUCGUAGUGAAAGAAAAUGGCAAGGAAACACCCAGCUAUGGCACAGUGGUCUGGGGCAAAGGCAAAAAGGCUGGUGAUUGUUAUGCUGAGUACAAUAACACGAGAUUUCAACCGGAGUCGGCAGAGGCUGCAACCACCUGCUCAGAAAAGACAACAGGCGGUUUUGAGACAGACGAGAGGUUGAAUCUCCUCUCCCUCACCGUGCUAGGACUGCGAGUCAUUUUCCUCAAGUGUGUUGCCUUCAACCUGCUGUUCACCUUCCACGCUUGGUCUAGCUGA